ACACUUUCGUCCUCUGCCUCUCUCCUUUUUCCAAUCUCUCUCACCAUUCUCUCAAAUAUGUCGGGAGCAUUAUCUUGUUCCGCUUCCGAUCUGGCCGUCUUGUUAGGCCCUAAUGCCACGGCGGCGGCUGACUACAUCUGCGGCCAACUUGGCACCGUGAACAACAAAUUCACAGACGUCGCUUUCGCUGUAGACAACACAUACCUUCUCUUCUCCGCUUACCUCGUCUUCUCGAUGCAACUCGGCUUCGCUAUGCUCUGCGCUGGCUCCGUUCGAGCCAAGAACACGAUGAACAUCAUGCUCACAAACGUUCUUGACGCUGCAGCUGGAGGUCUCUUCUACUAUCUAUUCGGUUACGCUUUUGCCUUUGGAUCUCCGUCGAACGGUUUCAUCGGUAAACAAAACUUCGGUCUCAAAGAUUUCCCCACGGUGACCAAUGAUUACUCAUUUUUCCUCUACCAAUGGGCCUUCGCUAUAGCCGCCGCCGGAAUCACCAGUGGCUCGAUCGCUGAACGGACUCAGUUUGUUGCUUAUCUGAUCUAUUCAUCUUUCUUAACCGGAUUUGUCUACCCGGUUGUCUCUCACUGGUUCUGGUCACCUGACGGUUGGGCCAGCCCAUUCCGAACUGAUGGUGAUUUGCUUUUCAGCACUGGAGCAAUCGAUUUCGCUGGCUCAGGUGUCGUUCAUAUGGUCGGAGGCAUCGCUGGUCUCUGGGGUGCGUUAAUCGAAGGUCCAAGACUAGGUCGGUUCGAUAAUAACGGUGGCCGAGCCAUCGCUUUAAGAGGCCACUCGGCGUCACUUGUUGUCCUGGGAACAUUCCUCCUCUGGUUUGGAUGGUAUGGAUUCAACCCUGGUUCAUUCAACAAGAUACUUGUGGCGUACGAAUCAGGCUCGAUAAACGGCCAGUGGAGCGCGGUUGGACGGACGGCCGUCACUACGACGCUUGCUGGUUGCACGGCUGCGCUCACAACCCUCUUUGGGAAACGUCUGCUCUCGGGACACUGGAACGUAACGGACGUAUGCAACGGCCUACUCGGAGGAUUUGCAGCUAUAACAGGGGGCUGCUCAGUCGUUGAGCCGUGGGCUGCGAUCAUAUGCGGCUUUGUGGCGGCCCUCGUCCUCCUCGGGUGCAACAAGCUUGCAGAGAAGCUCAGAUACGACGACCCGCUUGAGGCAGCGCAGCUACACGGAGGGUGCGGAGCGUGGGGGCUAAUAUUCACAGGGCUUUUCGCUAAAGAAAAGUAUUUGAAUCAGAUUUACGGCGCGAAGCCCGGAAGGCCUCAUGGUUUGUUCAUGGGCGGUGGAGGAAAACUGCUUGGAGCUCAGAUGAUUCAAAUACUUGUUAUCACAGGUUGGGUGAGUGCCACAAUGGGAACGCUUUUCUUUAUCCUCAAGAAAAUGAAACUGUUGCGGAUAUCCGCAGAGGAUGAGAUGGCCGGUAUGGAUAUGACCAGGCACGGUGGUUUUGCUUAUAUGUACUUUGACGAUGAUGAGUCUCACAAAGCAAUUCAGCUUAGGAAAGUUGAGCCUCGAUCUCCUUCACCUUCUGGUGUUACUACCACUCCUGUUUGAUUUGGAUUUUUAGUGUUUUAGUGAGAAUUAAUGAUGCUCUUAGUAUUGUUUUGAAUGGUUUUUUGCAUUUUCAUAAUGUUUUAGAUGUACAGUUUUUGUGGGUUGUGAUUAUUAUUAUAUUAUCUCUGUGGCCGUUUGUGUUCUCUUUAGAGUUUGGUUCCGUUUUUGUUUUUACAAUAUAUAUAACCAUUUUACUCGCAGCAUAUAAUCAGAGAUGACAGUGGCUGAA